AUGACGUUAAAUGAGUAUAUGCAUCCGCGUAAUCGUUAUCGUAAUAAUCCAUCGAAUUUUGAAUAUUUGGCUAAUAAAUACGAGGAUCUGAAGCCAUAUGUGAAAAAAAAAUCAAAAGGUGGUGUUACAUUGGAUUUUCGUAAUUCACAUGCAUUACGUGCAUUGACAUAUGCCGUAUUAAAAGAAGAUUUUAAUCUUAAUAUACAACUAAGUUUAGAACGUUUAAUUCCACGUAUACCACAAAAAUUAAAUUAUCUACAUUGGAUUGAAGAUUUAAUUGGAAUGAAAGAACAGGCUGUUGGAAUUGAUAUUGGUGGUGGAUGUUCGUGUAUUCAUGCAUUAUUAGCCGUUCGAAUGAAUCCACUAUGGGAAAUGAUUGUAUCCGAAAUAGAUCCUUUGAAUGUUAAAAUGGCCACAGAAAAUGUCGAAAGAAAUCAUUUACAAAAUCAAAUCAAAGUUAUUCGAGUUGAUCCAACAAUGUUAUUACACGGUUUAUUAGACAAAACAAAACAAUAUGAUUUUCUCAUGUGUAAUCCACCAUUUUUUACUGAUAUUAUUGAAGCACAAGGUUUAUCAAAUACACGAACAUCAACACGUCAUCAAGCGAAUUCGGUGAGCACAGCAAGUGAUAUUGAAAUGAUUUUUAAUCAAGGAGGUGAAGUAUCAUUUGUUAAACGAAUAAUAAAUGAAAGUUAUUCAUACAAGAAUAAUGUCAGAUUGUUUACAACUCAAUUGGGAAAAAAAUCUAGUUUAACUGAAAUUGUUAAAGAUUUAAAAUUAAUGAACAAUGAUCUACAUUAUAUUACAAGUGAAUUUUGUCAAGGACAUACAAUGCGUUGGGCAAUUGCAUGGACAUUUGAUCAAACAUACAUAUUUCCAACUGAAUGUCAUUCACAUUUGGCAUCUAAAACUAUUAAAAAAGCAAAGAAAAAAGAAGCUGAAAAAGUUCCACUAAAUUGGACAUUUGAUGAAAAAUAUUCUAUGGAUUAUAUAAAAAAAUAUUUGGAAUAUAUUUUUAAUGAGUUAAAACUUAGUUUUCAGAAUAUUAGUGAAUAUGCUUGGACAUUUGAUGCCUAUGAAAAUACGUGGUCUCAUCAACGACGAAAACGACGACAUCAACAAGACGAUGAACAAACAACAACAACAAAACGUCUUAAACUUGAUGAUGAACAAUCGAUGGUCAAUAUUGAACAAACAUCAUCUACUAUAAACAAAAUAAAAAUUUGUUCUGUUCAAGUUCGUUUACAGAUGUACAAUAAAAAAUGCACAUUAUACAUGUCAUUUGUAGAUGGAAUAAAUUCGGAUGCAGCAAAUCAAGUUUUACAGUAUAUGAAAAAUCAUUUUGUAUCUUAUGAAACAAAAAUUAUCCAAUAA